CGCAUUCAGCUCCACAGUGCCGGUACCUCGUACUUAAGAAUAACCGAGUUUCUCAAGUAAUGUUUCAAAAAGCGAAAAAUCUCGUAUUUGAUCUUGUGAUGCGUACUUCAAAAUACCCAUUCGAUCGUUGAAUUUUUCGUAAAAUUUGCUGGCAUACUCGCGUGUAUAAUUCAGCAUCGUAAACGUAAAUUUCAAUGAUCAAUACAACCGUUUGUUUUCCAUGUUUUUCGCUCGUUAAAGUAAUUUCUGGAGGUACGUUAAUUUUUAGUGAUGGAGUUCAUUUCGGCCGAAGUUCGUCGUUUUCAAGUCUAUCACGACUUUUGAGAGGAAAGAAGAAAUCGUAUGACGAGGAUAUAUCCUAUCGCCAACAUUAUUCCAAGGUGAGAAGGUAGAGGUGCGAAGAGAUUCGUGGACCAUGUCAGGCCAGGGAGCGGAGUGGUGACCUAAAACUCAUCCCCGGCUCUGUGGCUCGAUGCUUACGCUACGGCUGGUGUCGACUCACUUCCUGAAGCAGCCAUAGGCAGUGCCCUUUGCCUUCGAGAAAGGGCUCGAUGCGAUGUGCCGUGAUAGGGACAUGAACCCAAAACCAAUCGAGUCGAAGGUUCUCUUUUUAACGUCGUAUCGGUUCCCGUGCUCGGCUUGAGACUUCAGACAGUUUGAUCGGGAGGAGAGUACCGAGAGUGACGCGUGCCAGGUCGACGAAGGACUGUGUCUUCGCCGGCAAGGUUUUUCUCCAUCAAGGAGGAUUUCGUGUUCCACCGUGUCCCCUCCUCCAGAUUAUCCCGUUGAUCCCACGUUUUGCCCCACACGUCGUUCCUUGUCCUCCGUUUUCGAGCGAUUCUCUAUUCUCAUCCCCAGUUACACACAUACACACUCUCUUUCUACCUGUUUAUCUUCUUUCUCCUAUCCUAGUGUCUCAGGUUCGGUGGUCCGUGACCUCUCUCUAGAUAGAGCUAGAACGAAGAAACAAGUCCGGGAUAACCCGGCCGCCGAAAUCUCACGCUCUCCCGUGAGUUUGUUCGAUGAAAGUGUAAAUCGGUGACGCAUGAAGGGGAGAAACGGCUACGGCCGUCCAGGAGAACACACGUCAGACCACAACCAAAGCAUAUAUCCGGUCCAGAACAACGACCACGACCAACACGAGCCAAGAAACGUGGAAGAAAGGUGUAGCGCCAGCUAGAUUCCAGGCUGAACUCCGUUUACUUCAACCUGUGGAGGGUGGCGAGGGAGUGCAUUUGCGGCGGUGGGUCGCGGUGUAGGCCAAGUGGGAUGAGACGACCUCAGCAAGAACAUCAUCACCAUCAGCACAACAACCACAAUCACCACCACCACAACAAUCACAAUCAUCAUCACCAUCAUCAUGGAUCUUCGACGAGCCCCACCGGGCCGAGGCAGACGAUCGACAAGGACGAGUCCCGUUUGGCGAAAGUGAAACGGGUACUGGCAGUCUCGCUGCUAGGUCGCAACGGUGGAUCGACGAAGGUGUUCGGCGCUCGGCUAGACUCGGUGGAGUCGUACCUGGACACAGGUGUGCCGUUCGUGGUGCACCGGCUGUGCAGCUACAUCGAGGCGCAUGGAUUCCAAAGCGCUGCCGUUUUCCGUCUGUCCGGCGGCAGUCCAAGGCUGGCCGAAAGGCUGAGGGCUGCGUUCGAGAGGAGAGGAGACGCGGACUUGGAGACCGCUGCCUGUCCUCCGACCGCGGCCACGCUUCUUCGACAAUACCUCAAGGAGCUACCUCAACCCGUUGUGCCAUCCACACUUGUCGCCAGACUAAUCGUCGUUCAUACUCAGAAUAUCGAGAACGACCGGGAUUGCUGGAUUAAAUCGACCAAGGAACUUCUCUCGACACUGCCGUCCUCGCACUACCGAUUGCUCGGCUACCUGGCAAUUUACCUGAGCAAGUACGAAGCCAAACAUGGCCGCAGCGCGGGCGUUUGCGGCGUAUUCGCACCCGUGAUCUUGCCUCAUGUUCCACCAGCAACCACGCUCCUCAGAGAUAUUUUAGCAGAGGCUGUUGAACUCUUUCCAGAUUGCAUUCAUGAUAAUAGCGCGGUGAACGGCGUGAUCCCUGCCAGUGACUGUAAAAUCUGCAAGGACUCGAAGGACGAGCCGAAGGACUCCGAGACCGACGGCGCGUUCCUGCUUUGCGCGCUGAAACCGCGUAAGCGCAAAGACCGCCGUGAGUCCUGUUGUCAAGAGAGGAAGUUGAUAAGAAGCAGCAGCGAGGAGCGUGUCCUCGACAGUCCUACAGAGACAGCAGACACAAUUAGACGCGUGAGCAGUCACGAGGACUUCAACAGCGAGGAACACCUGCACGUGUUGGCGCAGAUAGGACAAGAGAUGGGACAUGGUGUGAGAUGCGGAGGUCUUCCUCUCCAUGAAAGAACGAACGUCUCGCCCAUUUCGAAGAAGAGCUCGUCGUUCCCGUCACCGUGCGAGACGACGACUCUGGAAACAGAGAAGUUCGAAUGUGACGCGGAGAAAUUGAGGAGUAGCGAGCGCUUCAGUAGAAGCAUCACUCCGCGAGGGAGGAGGCAGGCUAGAAGAAGAAGAGUGCACAAGAUCGUGGACGCAGAGAAUUCCAGCAAGGAGAAUGAGGAAGAAGCGGAGAUCAUCUACAAUGUAUCAUCGAGUCCCAACAGCCGCAACGGUUCUCCCGGCCAAAGUUUCUUGGAGAUGUUGAGUAGCGGGCCGAGCCGGUCACCAUCCCCGGCUCGACCGCCAACUGUCGACCAUGAAGACCUAAAUAAUCCCAGCUUGACCAACUGGACCUUUCAACGCGAGGAAAAUGGAGAAGCCAGUGACGCCCGGGUGGAGGCAAUGCUAUCGCCUCGGAAUUCUUUGUUGUUGCCCAGACGGUUCUACUCGGAAAAUGAAACUCAGCCUUGCACACCAACGAUCGCCGAACUCGGGCUGAAGCAUUUGACCAAGCACAUCAACGGGCUGAAGAAGAAGAUCAAGAAGUACGAGGACAAGUUCGAGGAGAACUUUGGUUACCGGCCGAGCCACUCAGACAAGAUGAGUAACAGGGACAUCAAGAGACUGUGCACAGAGCUGAAUAAGUUACGGAAGGAGCAUAAAAUGCUGAAGGAGGAUCCAGUGGGUGCUUUACUGGCCAAUGCAAACAACCGAACCAAGUCCAUCUGCGGCAGUCCGACCAACAACAACAACAGCCAAGAGAAGCCAAGAGCCACGUCGAUGGAGGAGAUGGUGAAGGAUAUCGAGAAAAGGCUUAGCGAGAAGAGAGUGAAAUACAAUAGGCCCGACAACAUGGAGGAUCUGUCGUACGAGCAGUUGUUGGAGGAGAAGACUGCGGUGCAGAAAGCUUUGCUUCAUAUCGAGAACACCUUUGGUAGACCCGCCCCCUCGGAAGAUCGGACCGUCGUGCGACCUUUAUACGACAGAUAUAGAACCUUGAAGAGGUUGCUUAUUAGAUCCGGAGUGAACAAAAAUAAAGACAGCAUCACGGAGCUGGCGACUAUCCUGGAACAUGAAGCAAUGGACUUCACAUCGUCCAAUCUGCCUGGUAACCAGUCGGACACCGAAAGAAGAGCCAGCGAGCCGGACAUGUCGCAUAGAGGCAUUUUGGAUUGCAUAGAGACAGUGGAUCAGCUGCCAACCGACAGCGAUAGUCAGCACAGCAGCAGCGAAGGGAGCCGCAGUAAUAACGAGAGCCUCCACGCGCUUCCAUUGGAAGACCUGUUGGUUCAGCAGAAGUUGACAAGAGAGGAAAAGAAACGUCUCCGGCGAGCUCUGAAAGAAUUGGAGGCACAAUUUGAAGCUCGUGCCGGUCGCAGGAUGCAGAGAGAAGAUCGAGGCCCGCAAGUCACUACAGUGUAUGAGUCAUACAAACAGGCUAAAGCGAAACUGAGACUGAUCGAUGCUUUGAUAGCAAAGAAUGCUUGACGCAGUAUCUAAAAGGUAGCAGUAUCUCCAGUAGCCGUGCGUUUAUGAAAAUACAAUGGUUAAAUUCCCAGAACUAUCAUGAAACAUUCAGACGGAGCACAGUAGUUGCUACAUCGACACAUUAUGCAUUAUUGUGCAACAGGGAGUUCAAAGAAGUGAGAUGGGGAAGCCGAUGAAAAAUUAAAAGCUUUGAGCCUGUUAACCGGGUAAUUUUCUACGAUAGAAACAACUAUAUGGAAAUAUGAUUUGUUGCAAUAAACGUAAGUAGUAGUUCACACUACUGCACUUGUAAUGCAAUUACAAGCAUGAAAGGCGAGAGGAACAAAUACGGGAGACAAAUGAUGUCUUUCCCGGUUAAUAGAUUAGGAUACAAAGAAACAGAAUGCUUUCGAUAAUAAGAGGCCGUGUCUUGGUGCAAGGAUGGUACCAAUAAACACAAUUAAUUUGAAGGACUCGUAGAUGUUACGCCAUUAAAGGAUACAAGGCCCGUCAGUCUAGUACUUCGAACUCUAAGCACUGAUAGUUAGGAAACGACAGUGGCUGCUGCGACAUGCGUGCCGAAACGAUUCGCCAAUUUGCACAUGACUACUUUCUCAUAAUACUCAACAUCGAUUUUAACACAGCGAGAGUGCUUGUCUCGUAAUGCACUUAACCGAACUCAUUACAAAUGUCUACCUAUUUGUAUGAACAAUUUUGCAUGACAAAGUAUAUUUCAUUGAGCAAAACGAUAUGUCCAUACGCGUAAACAGCGCGAACGACGUGUAACUCCAUUGUCAGUUUUGUACCGUACUUUUAAUAAUGCCAACAAACAUUUUGUUAUUUUGUAACGAGAAAUAAUUCCGAAAAAGCUGCUUCCUUCUGUAUUUCACAACGAUUUCGUGUUUACGCUGUGUUCGAGUUGUAGGCGUACGAAUUAGUCGCGCCUUUUACGUUCACGCAUUCUUCUAUACUCGAAUGGUGAGAAACGAUUGAAAACAUAAAUGGACAGAUAAAAAAGGACGAUGUUUAUUGAAAAAGUUACUACGCUGUACGUAUGUUUAUUAUCCUGCGAGCAAACUGACUAAGAACAACCACGAAUUCACAUUGUGAAAGAUGGCUUUUAUGUCUGCAGUUGCAAGACGGAAACAGAGGUUCGAAAGUCAUUCUUUACGUGUAUAAGACAAAUAAACAUGAGUCUCAAAUUUUCAUGGAGAACAUAAAUCCGUUGGAUUAAAGUUGUUUGCCUGACGCAAUCUUACAUGCUGAUUAUUCUGUUUAAUACUCUAAAAUAGGAACAUGAUGAUUUAUGUCCUCUUUGCUUGCAACUACAGGCAUAAUCGAGAUAAAUAUAAUAAGAACGUUUUCUAUUUCUUUUUGUUUUUGUACAGAAAUUCUAAUGCAAUUUGUUGUUUAAUAGUAUCGCUUAGGUUUUUGGAUUAUCAACUCCUUUUUGUACUUAGGGAUUGCGUGAAAGAACAGAUUCUCAUUUCAUGUAAGGAGAUCCGAUACAUGAGUCAGUUUAAGUUAUGUCGAUACGUUCAUUUUCUUUUUGCGAGAAAUUCGCCACCAGAUCGAACACUGAGAGCAAUGAACGAAUUUGUGGGGUUAUUUGUAAUGUAAGUACCUUGUAAGAGAUAUCACAUGUUGUAAUUGUAGAGUACUAUAAACUGUUACAGUCUUAUAGCGUAUUGAACGUAUCCAUUAAAAAAACUCGUUGAUUUAUGCGAUUUGUAAUCGGUUUGGGCGAGCGAAAUUUGAAAGUGAUCGAAUAUAGCGAACCCGCUAACCGGCUCUCUAGAAUUUUUAAGCGAUAGCCUUAAAAUUCGACUUUAACGAAGACUCGUACGAGGGUGCUAUAGUUUAGUUUGGAAACGCGUCGACUAUGAAAAAAGAAGAAAUGCUUUGCGAAUUCGAUUGACGCGGUAACUGUGCAAAAGGGGUGCGCAUUAUCUUCACUUGUAAAAAUAAUCAACAUAGUUGAACGUCUUAUCUGCAAUAUCUCUAUAGAUAUCAUAUCCGUCAUUACAUAAAUUUUGCCACGUUCUUGCUGCAUAUCGUCAGUCAGAUUAUGUUCUCUGUGACCAACAACAAAUUCAGCGACCCCUUUUGUUUCAUGCUAAUUAAUUUCGCACAGUCGCACGAAGAAUGCACACUUAACCCUGCAAUGGCCUUCUGGGCCUCCUCAGAUUCCAAAACAAUUUUUUGUACACUGAUUUUCACUACUGCCUCGUAAAAUAAUAGCAAAUCUUUUUGAUACGAUUAA